UGCCUCAGCCGCGUCGGAAGUCCUGACAUCGGCGUACCUUGCCAUCCAGCUCUACAGCAUCUGUGUUUUACAUGCGAUUGCGGCUGUCAAGUACGUCGGCCAGGCAGAGACAAUUGCUGCAAAGCUCGGCUUUGCUCCGGGAAGCUCAGGCUCAUCCUUGGCCUUUUCUGGCAGCGGCGGCGGCAGCUCGUGGCUUGGCAGCAGCGCCAGCGCUAGCCCUGAUGCGCUGGCAAUGGGCAAAAGCGGCGCCAAGCGUGUGUCGGUUAGCCGGCUGCCCGAGUUGACGCGGACGGUUGUCCUGUACGACAUGGCACGCAAGAGCAUUUCGCAGCUGAGAAGCGCGAGCGCCAGCGUUUUGGCCAAGAUGUCCCCGGGCAUGAGCCGCGCCAUCCGCGGACAUCAGAUUGCCGAAGAGAUCGCAGUCACUGAGGCGUACUACGACUGCCUCCGCGGCUAUUAUUCUGCGGCGCUGCAUGCGCAGCCCCGGCACCGCCGAUACCUGGCCUCGCUCGCGCUGCUAGAUGCGGCGCAGACUGAGACGCUUCCGCGCGCGGCAGCCCUUGUUGCCUCUGCGGAAUCGAAGCAGGUUGCACCGCAGCCAAGUUUGCUCGCGGCAGACAGCCUGUGGGCCCACCUGGUAUCUGUUUCGAACAGUGACAUUUCGCAGAUCGAGGCCAGCGUCAAGUCGGCCAUCCCCGUUGUGCACAGGCUAUGCACUGCCGCCGAAAGCACCAAGCCAGCGUCAAAGGACUGGCACACGGACCCCAGCUCGCGCCCGGCCAUGGUGCCAAGCGAGUCUGUGCUGUGCAGCUCCAGCGGAGGAGGGGGGGUGGCCAAAUCCGCACUGGUGCCGAGACUCGUUGACCUGCACGAGGUGCAUUUGCGCCUGUGCCCGUCAAGCCGCUGUUCUACGACCUCGCGGCACCGCAAUCGACUUUGACAUGGACGCAAUCAGCGCACGUGCCGGCAAGCAGGGCGGCGGAAACAGCAGCAAGCUGGGGUCGAUCAUCGGCAGUCUGUGGGGCUCGCGCUAGACGUGGCUUUUUCGUGUCGCGCGCCGCAAGCGAAAAAAAUAAGGAUUGAUUUUUGUGAUUUCUGUGAUUUUGUUUUCUUUAACUGCUGAAUUGAAGAAAACAAUGAGACUGCAAGCAUCGAAAGCAUUCAAGCACUGGAAAACAGCCGCGGCACAAAAAAACAGUUGCUUGGUUUUCAAGGAUGGUCCCU